UGCCAGUGUAAGAAGAUGUUUAUUCUCGUCUGGCGGGAAAAACGAGGUAUAUACACAGGCGGAUCCACGGCUGUCGCUUCCCAGCGUGAAGCCCUGCCCGAAGUUCCCACCUUGACAGCCACCUGGCGACACGGAGACAACGUGCCGACUAUCGCAGUGAGGAUCAUGCGUCCAGGGCUGACUUCACUUGGAAGCGUGCAGUUUGAGCUGGAGCCUACCAUGGAUGAACACUUUGUCCAGCAGGCCUUCAGCAUGAUGGGCGAAGCUCCAGUCAAUGUCAAGAUCAUUCGUAACAGAAUGACUGGGGCUCCACGCGGCUACGGAUUUCUGGAGUUUGGAGACGAGCAGACGGCGCAGAGGGCGUUGCUCCGCUGCAAUGGGAAGCUCAUCCCCAAUGCCAUGCAGCCAAAGACGUUCCGCCUGAAUCAUGCGAACGGCGGAGGUGGUGGUGGUGCCGUUGGUGGCUUUGGAAGCAGACCCAUGCGGUCAAUGUCUUCCAGUGACUCGCAAUUCUCUAUGUUUGUUGGUGAUUUGUCCUCAGAAGUGGACGAUACACAUCUGUACCACGCCUUCUCUCAACGGUACCCUUCGGUGAAGGCAGCAAAAGUGGUCCUCGAUGGGAGUGGCCUAAGCAAAGGCUUUGGCUUUGUCCGCUUCGAGGACGAGGGUGAAUAUCAAGAGGCCCUGGUGGACAUGCAGCACUCCCUGUUGGUUGGUUCCCGCCCCAUCCGGGUCGGGGUUGCCAAUCCACGCAGAGCCAUGGAAGUGGCGAUGUCAAAGGGCACACUUUGGAUGGGCGACAUUGAGCCCUACAUGGAUGAAGCCUUCCUGAAGCAAGCGUUUGCCUCCAUGGGGGAAACGUGCCUCUCUGCUAAAAUAAUCGCGAACAAAUUAACAGGUUUACCGGUGGGAUACGGUUUUCUUGAGUUUGGAGACGACAGCACAGCGCAACGCGUGUUGCACCACUGUGACGGAAAGCCCAUACCGGGAUCAAAUCCUUCAAAAAGAUUCAAAUUGAACCACGCUUGCCACGGAAAGGAUCAGGCGCCCCUGAAAGAGUAUUCCAUCUUUGUCGGCGAUCUCACGUCGGAAGUCGACGACCUCGCCCUCUACACUGCUUUCAAUAAGAAGUUUCCAUCCGUGAGAGCCGGAAAGGUGGUGCUAGACGACAAGGGUGUUAGCAGAGGUUACGGCUUUGUGAGAUUCAGUGAUGAAGAUGAGUAUCACGCGGCCCUGCGUGACAUGAACGGCUACUCGCUGCUUGGAAGGAAGUCCAUACGUGUGAGCAUCGCAACACCCAAGAGAAAUUUGUCUACAACUUCAAGUACCACAACAACAGCCACUACCAUGGCAGCCCAGCCGCCGCCGCCGCAGCAGCCUCCGCCACCGCAGCAGCAGGACUACAGUAGCAUGUACAACUAUCAGAACUAUAACUACCAAAACUACUACAACCCCUGGCAGAACUAUCAGCAAUACUACCAGAAUUACCAGGGCUACCCGGGGUACGCCGGAUAUGCGGGUUACUACGGGCAGCAGGCUGAUGGUACCCAGCAGCCAAGCUAUGACCAGUACAGUGCAGCCCAGGCUGAUCCGCAGCAACAAGUUGCCCCACAGCCUCAAGACCCGCAAACGCAGCAACAGUAUGAUCCAGACAGCGAAUUCGAAGAUCAUGACUUCAACCUGGACGUAAAAACACGAAACGAGUUGGCCGUUGCUAGAAAUGAGGAAUUCUACCUCGCCCUUGACAGUUCAAGGUGGUUGCCCACAGAAGGCCUGGAUCCACCAUUGGUUCCUGUCAAGUGAUCUUUAGUGUUUCUUUUAUCUUCCUUAAAAUAAAUGCUUCAAAAACUGA